AUGGGAAAGUCUCUUGAGCCACGUAUUAAUACAACUUUUGAAUGCCGCAGUAUUUUGUAUUCUAUCCAAAAUGAAUUUGAAAAAAGACAGCAAGAGGACAGUAUUUUAAGCAAAUUACAAGAAGACUUGGCUGAACUUAUUGCCCAAAGGAACAUAUUGUCAAAAAGAAAGGAAUUCAAUGAAAAAUACUGCAUUCUUUGCUGCUCAACUUUCAAUUUACUAUUUAAAAGGAAAGUACGCUGUGAAGAUUGUCAGUUCUUUGUCUGUAGAACCUGUUCAGUGUGGUGUAAUUCAACAAAACAAUGGAUAUGUAAAGUGUGUGAAAAGCAAAAGGUUCUAAAUGCUGAAUCUCGUGCUUGGAUUUGCAGCCAUAUAAAAACCCAUUUUGGGACCUUUGGAUCUGCUAAAAUUUUGCAAAAUUUUUGCAGAGUUAGAAAAAUAUCUGAUAGUGAGAAUGAUUCAGGAUAUGGAGCAAAUAGUGAUUUUAUACCUUUGAUGAAACUGCUCAGCUCUCAGUCCAUAAAUAAAGACUUGAAAAUGGCUGAUUGUGAAGAAGAAGAUGAUGAUAUUGGUGAUGAGGAGGAGCUUGCUGAGAUACAUCACAGUAUUGAAACAAUUUUAGAAGGUCUGCUUGGAGGAACACUCGAUGAUGCUUCUGUUGAUUAUCUUUACCCAAACUCACUGUUGUAUUUAAAUCUUUUCAUUUCUUACCAUAAAAAGCUUAUUGAAGUCAUCCAAAAUUUGUCUAAAGCAUUACAGAAGGCAUUGCACAAUUUACCUGCUGAGAAUGGAAUUACUCCGACUUCUGCUCAUGCUGCAUUAAAAAAUGUUAUUUCAACCCUUGUUGAGGAGUGCCAAGAAUUACCUUUCUUACAGGUUUUUGAUCAGAAAGAUAUUGAAGCAAGCCUCAAUUCUGUACCAGAUUUUACAGAUGUAUUUUCCUCAUAUGAUAGUUUAGUUGCUGCUGCAGUUAUAAAUAAGGUAGUAGAAGAAUGUCAGUCAAGAUUUAAAACAGAUGAAUUUACUGCUAUCGAAAAUAAUUUAAGUGUACAACAAGAAAGUGCUGACAAUGAGAAACUAUCUAACGAGUUUGAGUUGGUUACCCAGGCUGAUGAAAUUUAUAGUGAUAUGGCCACUGCUGCAACUAAUGCGUUUGAUUUACCUGUUGAAUGUGUGAAAAUUGAAGAAAUAGAAGAAAUAACUCAAGAGUUUACAGAUUCUGAAGAUGAUAAGCUGAGCAGCAUUAGCAAAUGGUCUAACAGUUUGCAGAGUGUUGAAGAAGUGGGUGUAUCGAAGCAUCCCGAGUUUGACAUGAUGUGUGGAAUAGAUUUAAUGAAUGAUGGACCCACACCCUUUCCAGAAUUCGGCUGUGAUUUGGUAGACGAAAUUGACAGUAAAAGCAGUGAUAUUAUUUGUCACCCAACAGCUGUGACAUCUUGGGAAGAAAAUUGGCUGUUUCGGAAAAAAAGGCGGCUGCCUCUUUACAGUAAUUUGAGGUACCAGCUUCUAACGUAUUGCGAUGAGCCUCCUAGCAUGCUUAUUCCUUGCCCUUCAGAAAGUGCAGACACCUUUGAGUUGGAGGAAUCAACGUCAGAGUUAUCCGAGACCCAUUCAGCUGGGUCAUUAGAGUUUUCCACAGAUUCGGAUGAUGUGAGGUAUGAUGUAGGUGAGGAAUCUAAAGUUGCAGAUUUAGCCAUAAAGUUGCAGAAUGAAACAUUUUCCAAGUCAGUGCAGCAAAUAUCAACACAAACUGUUGAUCCUAGUCCUGUUGUAUUGCCUGAAAAGAUUUCUCUACCACAGAGGAAGAAACUGUGCCAAUUGAAUGAUAUUAAAACGGAUCAAAGCUCACCUAAAUUUCAAGCUGAUGAACUGCCUUAUAAACUGUCCGUAAAAGAAUCAAGUGAUGUCCCUCAACAAACUGUUCCGCUUAAGUGUGAAGAAAGGUGUAAAGUCCCUUCAAAAAAUGCCGUUCAAGUAAAUGAAGAAUUAGUUGCAUCUCCUCCAAAACCAGGAACCAUUGCAGAAAGGGAGCAUAAAAAAUGGCUUAAUGCUGUUCCUCUUAAGAAUAACCCUUACAGUGCUGAGAACAUAUCCAAAAGGAGCUCAAAGAGAAGUAUUUUGAAAGAACCUAUUUCAUCUUUUGAAGAAUUUCAGAGAAAGUUAUCCGUUUCUUCUGAAACAUCGGAAACUUCCUUGAACAAAGUAAAUUGUGGCCCAAAAUCUAUUGAUAGUGAAUUAUAUAAAAGAGACUAUUACAUAAAUAAAGAGUAUGAUCCAGAUGGAAUUAAUGUUUAUGCUCUGCAAAGGUCUCCGAGGCAUUUAUAUUCUGUUCAAGAUGAUUGCUUUGAUGUAUUAUCUGAAGAAGCUUUGAAUUCUUUUGAAGAAAAGGUUUAUAUUAGCUCUGGGAAAGUUUUUACUUUAGAAAACCAUGUGAAAAGACUAGAGCGUGAAAUCAAAGAUACUUGUCCAUCCUUGGAGCUUUCAAACAGUCGGGGAGAACAGGUUACGUACAAAAAGGUUGACGUUGCUUCAAAUAAAGUUGAAAAUGAAAAAAUCAAGAAGAGCCGGCCAUGUAUGAAGGUUCACAGUCUAACAGCUCGCAGUUUAUCCAGAGAAUUUCGUGACCUAGCAAAAAUGAACCUUCCCAAACCCAUGAACAGGACAGUCCAAGUUCCGUCUCAAGCCUACGAGGAAGGGGUCAGCGAGAGAGACAGUCUUUGCAGCCCUGAGUCGGCUCAGGAUUCGUUCAAUGCCUCCCAACCUGACAAUGCUCAUGGAUAUACCUCAGAUGAAAGCAAUGCGAGCUCGAGCUCUGUCCCCCGAGCGAAAGCUCGCCGCCAUAUAUCCCGAUCGAUUCUUCAGAGGGCGACGUACUGGGAACGUAGAGCUGAGCAAGGUCUCUUGAGUGACGCCUCCGUCAAUGAAGAAUUUCCAGGAGUAGAUAUUAAUCCUGAUUAA